GUCGUCGUUGUUGUGUUUCCGUUCGUUUGCGCGCUGUACAAAUGUGCAUUUUAUUUCAGCACUGUGUACUUAUAUUUAUAAUCAACUGACAGCAUGACAGAUUCUUGUACUUUCCUAAGUAAUCGGUUGCAGUUAGAACCAGUACCGAGUAUCGGUGAUGAGUGUUUCUGUUCAGACGAGGAGAACUAUAUGACGCUGUCACCUGGCAUGCCCGUGUUCAAAACUAGCGAUGGCACUAUUCGUUCUCUGGCAGAUCUCAAAAUUGGAGGCUUGGCAUCGUUGGCUUCUAACAAGAACAAACAACUGAAACCCUUAAUGAACCGCAGACCGUCGGACAUUGGCGACGGAUGCGAUUAUGUCAUCGUCACUAAGAGAUUGACACGGACGAGCGAGAGCAGGGUGAAGUUUGUGUUCUCGUGCUUGGCUUACGGGCUAGGUUUGGGAAACGUAUGGAGGUUUCCGUACAUGGCAUACAAAAGUGGAGGAGGAGCAUUCUGGAUAGCAUACGUCGUGGUUCUGCUGCUGUGUGGUGUGCCAUUGUUACUGAUGGAGAUGGCUGUCGGCCAGCACACAAGACACGGACCUAUCUAUGCACUCAAGAAACUGACGCCCAUGUUUAAAGGCGUCGGGCUGGCGUCGACGAUCGUCUCGUGCGUGAUUGCUGCCUACUGCAGCGUCGUCAUGGCGUGGGCCCUCGCCUCGAUGAUCACCUCCUUCCACCUCGACGAGAUGUGGUCGGCGUGCGAGAUGGAGUGGAGCUCGCUCGGCUGCUUCAGCGACUUCGUAACCACGACGACGGCGGCCGGGAACGUGACAACGACGCCGGUUAACGCGACGCUCGUGCCAGUAUCCGUCGAAUACUUCCAGAGGAGAGUUCUUAAACAGUCUGGAGGGUUCACGGACAUUGAUAGCAUUGUGUGGGAGCUGGCCUUACUCACCAUGUUUGCCUGGAUGUUUAUAUUCUUUAGCACGUGGCGUGGUGUGAAGGCAAAGGGCAAGAGUCUGUACAUAAUGACGACGAUGCCGUGCAUUCUAUUGCUCGUACUUCUCCUGCGUAGCCUCGCGUUGCCGGGCGCCUACAAUGGCCUCGUCUACUUCUUCUCCCCCAGCUGGGAACAGCUGGCCGAUUCCAAGGUGUGGCUGUACGCAGCGGCGGCGCAGCUCAACAGUGUCGCCCUCGCCUGCGGGUCGUGGAUCGUGAUAUCCAGCUACGAAGAUUACCACAACAACAUAUACAAGGACACGGCAGGGAUUCUGGUAGUUGACACGAUCGCCAGCCUGGUCGUCGGGGUAACCAUGUUUGCUACGCUCGGUUUCAUGGCGGAAACGAUGGGACAAGAUAUAGACACCGUAGCCCCGAGAGAUCCGGCGGUCGUGUUUGAGGUCUUCCCCGUGCUCUUCCGAACCAUGUUCCUCCCCUCUCUCUGGAGCUUCCUCUUCUUCAUCACCGUCAUCUACCUUGGAAAGGAAACUCAGUUUGGUUUAGUGGAGACGCUACUAGAGGGCAUUACUGAUCACCUGCAGAUGUGGGUGCAUAACACUCUGCACUACCAUGAGGUUCUGGUCUUGCUGACCUGCUUUACCCUCUAUGUAUUCGGCAUGCCGUUUGUGACGAACGCCGGCGUCUACAUCGUGCAGUUUGUCGACGUCUUUGUCGCUGAGAACGCUGUGCUGCUGCUGGCUGUCGCUGAGAUGCUCGUCCUCGCGUGGGGCUUCGGGUAUAAAAAGUUGCGCGUUGUCGUGACAACCAUCAUGGAUGGGAAGGGGCCGCCCAUGUUCUUCAUCGUCUGCUGGCUUGUCGUCUCUCCGCUGUUGCUCAUGGUUAUCUGGAUCAUGAGUCUGGUACAACAUUCCCCGCUGGAGUACAAUGGUGAUUCAAGUUUCUACCCUGCCUGGGCAGAACCUCUAGGCUGGACGAUCACCAUCUUGCCACUGCUUUGCAUUCCAGGGAUGGCGAUCAUAUACUAUUAUAAGAGGAGCAUAGCAUAUAGCCGAAAGUAUCGGGAGCAAGUUCCCCCGACUCCGCACGCCAGUUCCUCCGGCGACCUGGCCUCGAACGCGACCAGCGAGGGGGCGCCGGCGUACGACGGCGGCAGCACCAACGUGCGCGGACGAUUCCACGUCGAGUUCGUCGAAGAGGCGGAGGGUGGCGCCCCCGCGCCAGGACGCGGACGCCGCUGCGCGCUCAACAACAACAACAACAACGUCGACGGUUGCCUGGCGUCGCCCGAAAAGACGCGGUUGCCGCCGGCGAUGCCUGACAACGUUGAGCUCGUGCUGAUGCACGACGAGGGUCGCCGCCGGAGCGACGGCGAAACGGAAGUAGGUGGCAGCACCGGCGCGACGGCAGCAGGCGCCGUUUCCGCAGUCGGUGACAAUCGUGGCAGCACCAACGUAGGUGGCAGCACUCGUGUAGGUGGCUCCCCUAAUGUAGGUGGCAGCAGUGGUGUAAUUAGCAGCACCGACGUAGGUGGCAGCACCAACGGGACGACGAUAGCACUUGUGACGAGGGUCGACGACGCAGUGAUGGAGAUGGACGGUUUGAGGGAGAGCGUUCUAUGAGGCUGGAUCUAGUUUCCCGCGUUUCCCUGCCGUGCCCCCUUACGUGGCCGUGCGUGUAGUGUGAUGCCUCCCGGUGAGGUUGGGAGAUUGUUCCCGUCACCCAUGGCUGGGGUCCCAACAACAGUUGGCUGGGGUCCCAACAACAGUGAGCUGGGGCCCCAACAACAGUUGGCUGGGGCCCCAACAACAGUUGGCUGGGGUCCCAACAACAGUUGGCUGGGGUGCCAACAACAGUUUGCUGGGCUCCCAUUAACAAGGAGUUCCAACAGUCAUUUAGAUCGAUUCCCAAAGAUUGUGAUAUUUUUUACAUCAGCACAUCAGUUUUUUCUGCUUUCUUUCCUUUGACUGGGUGAAUGUUAGCAUACAUACCCAUUAUUAUAGCAAACACACACACACACACACGCACGCACACACACGCACGCACGCACACACACAC